GCAGGCAGGAUGUGGGUGACAGAGGGGCCAGCCUCGGCGCACUGGAGCCUGCAGGACAGAGCCCACGCUGGACACUUCCUGGCCGCAGCCGAGCAGCUCCGCGCCGCGGGGCAGCUGGUGGACGUGGCCGUGGGGCCGGAGGCUGACGCGGCCCACGCCGUGGUGCUGGCCUCCAUCAGCUCCUUCUUCCUGCGCUUGCUGGAGGGCAGGAGCGGGGAGCUGCGCCAGGGGCCCCCGGCCCGCGUCCCGCUGCCCGCCGGGGUUUCGCUGUGGGGCUGGAGGGCUCUGCUCGCCUUCGCCUAUGGGGGAGCGGUGCCCCGCGGCCGGCAGCGGGAGGUGCAGGAGGCUGCCCGGGCCCUGGGGGCACCCCGGCUGGGGGCCGCCUGUGCCCUGCGGCUGGAGAACGACAGCCAGGAGGGGGGUCCCGAGCCCCUGGAGGCGCAGUGGGAAACGCUGAGAGCCAUGAAGCAGCUGCAUGGCAGCGGCCUGGGCUGCGACCUCCAGCUGCAGGCAGGAGACGAGGUCAUCCCAGUUCAGCGCCUGGCCUUGAGCUGCUCCUGUGACUUCUUCCGAGCCCUCUUCACUUGCCCCAUGCGGGAAGCCACCCACGACCCCUCGGCCCCGCUGGCCACGGGGCUGUCCCCAGCAGAGCUGCACCUCCUCCUCUCCUUCGCCUACACAGGAGCUGUGGCAGGGCCGUGGCCCACGGUGCUGGAGGCAGCUGAGACCUCCCUGCGCUACCAGGCCUGGGGGCUCCUCACCCUCUGCCUGGAUGUUUUCACCCACGGCCUGACCCCAGAAACUGUCCCGGACGUGCUGGCCUUUGCCACGACCUACGAGCUGGCCCAGGUGGGCCACGUAGCAGAGGACUACAUCUUGGCCACCUUUCCCAGCGUGGUGGCCACACCUGCCUUCCUGGACCUGCCUGCACACCUCCUCAUCCGCCUGCUCCGCUCCGACAGCCUCAACGUCCUGCACGAACUGGAGGCUCUGGAAGCAGCCUCCCGCUGGCUGCUGGCCAACGGCGACGGCCAAGAGGAGCUGGCCAAGGAGGUGCUGUCGUCCGUCCGCUUCGCCCUCAUGUCCACCUGCGAGCUGAAGAAGGAAGGCGUGACCGCAGGGGUGGCUGACCCCAAGGUCAUCCACGACCUCUUGGUGGCGGGCUUUGCCCCCACGGCCCAGCUGCCCUGCCGGGUGCGCUGCCUGCAAGAGGUGCUGGUGGUCUGUGGUGGGGAGAAGGUGACCUCCAACCUGGCUGCCAGGAAGCCCAGCAGGCACCUCUGGUUUGCCCACUGCUACCUGAGUGCCGUAGGGCUGGUGAAGAAGGUGGAGUGGAGGGCACUGGGACGCUUCCCUGAUGGGCCACGCUUCCGGCACGCUGUGGCUGUGGUGGGCAACACCCUCUACAUCCUGGGUGGGAAGCAUUACUAUGGGGUUUAUGACACGCUGGCCAGCGUCUACAGGUACCAGCCCAUGGAGGAUGCCUGGGAGCGCCUGGCCAGCAUGAGCUGCGGGCGCAGCUACUUCGCCGCCGCGGCGCUGGGGGAGUUCAUCUACGCCCUGGGGGGCAGCUCUGGGGAGCAGUACUGCACAGACACUGUGGAGUGCUAUGACCUGGCCAAUGACACCUGGAGGAGGUGCCAGCCCCUGCCGAUGGCUGUGUGUGGGCACGCAGCCUGUGCCCUGGACGGUGCCCUCUACGUGUCAGGGGGGUUUGAUGAGGCGUGCCAGUGCCAGGCGUUCCUGCUGCGCUACACCCCAGGGGCUCCUGCCACACUCCUGGCCCCCAUGAACGGGCACCGAGCUGGGCACGUCAUGGAGGAGGCAGGGGGGCAGCUCUAUGUGGCUGGGGGGCUCUGCCAGCGGGCCGGGCAGACUGGCUACAGGGACCAGCUGACUUUUGAGGUCUACAGCCCUAAGCUGAACGUCUGGGUCCUCCUCAGCCCCCUGCCCCGUGCCCAUGUGGUUGGGGGUGCAGCUGUGGUGGGGGGGGAGCUGGUAGUGCUGGGGGGGUACAGCCAUGAGACCUACCAGAACACUCACCUGAUCCACGCCUACCAGCCGGGCAGCCGGCGCUGGGUCGCUAGGGGCACCUUGCCCCACGCCUAUGCUGACCUCCAAGCCUGUGUCCUCACCGUGCCCUCCGCCCUGCGUGGCCCCAACUGGCCUGAGGACCCCUCUGGGCCACAUGGAAUUCCAAAUAACACUUAG